UACAACCCGUGACGUCACCCACAACAACAUCAUUGUCCGUCUGCUGAGCUCUUCGUUCAUUAGUCAAAUUCACACAUUCACAAAAUACACUAGGUAGCAUGUACUACAGUCAUUUGGACACUAUGCGACAGCUGCUCGCGCCUAAAGGACAUCUAUUUCUGCUCGCGCUUCGUACUGUCAGGCAGAUGUAAUGAGCUCGAUGCUAACUAACACUGAGGACUUUAUCAUCGGGGUUUGAUUGACUUGGCCGUGAAAGUGUGAAGUGCAACAUUUACCGUGAAAUUAAGUUCCCAGAAUACUCGUGCGUGAAAUGAGUACUCAAUAGAAAAUAAAAUAUUUGAGGUAGAAAUCAACAUGGGUGGUCAUUAAAUGUCAUGAUCAUACAGCAAUCCGUUUAUCUUGAUUAAAAGAGCGAGCUCGAGUAGAUCGGACACAGCAUGACGGACACGCUGGUCCUCUCCUUCCAGACUCGGCUGUCUGCGGUCAUGGAAACUGUCCUCAAGACCACCAUGUACGAGGUGACCCGGCUAGUGGAGGAGAGCUUCCUGGAGCAGAUGGAUCGAGGCAAGCGAGAGGCGGAGGUGUUCAAACGGAGGCUGAUAGUGUCGGAGGCCAAGCUGAGAGAACGGGAGAGGUUUAAGAGGGUGAGGUGUGUGGACUGUGGUCGGACAGCGGUGUCCAGGAGGAGGAUACUACACCGAGGCCCCGAAGCACAGAGCAGUUUGGACCACCCACUUGUUGUAAAGCAGGAAAAUGCCUCUGACAUUAGCUGGAGGUGCAGUCCCAAGGGAAGCGCAAAUCAUGAAAAGCCUUCAGCAGCUCCAGAAACUAAACAAAAUGUUGAUCAAGUGUGUGAACCUAAACCUGGAGGAGAAGUGAAAGAGGAAGCAACAGAGGCUAGAGACCCGCAAGCUCGUCUAGUGAUACAUCCUCAAAUACACAAACAAAAAGAUCCUCCGGGCAGUGUUGAAGAGACCAAUGGACUCCGCAAUACAGAUUCUGACCACAAACCAGGUGGCAGAUCUUGCACUGAAAGACCUGUGGAUGAGGUCAGACACAGAAACCUCCCAAAAUGGUUUGACCCUAAAACAGACCCUUUAGCAUGGUCACCUGUUUCACAGCCAGAACCAGCCAGGACCUCAGUAUCUUCAGAGUCUCCGGGUUUGAGACCGCAAGUGGGCAGCAUAGACUCGGGGCCUGUUAAACAGGAAGUUGUAGUGAUGCUUCCACCAGACUGGGAAGAUAUGGAAAGGAUCAGGCCUCAGGUGGUUUCUGCUCAAACCAGUGCUAAGAAAACACAGUUAGAUCUUCAGCCUGGAGAUCCUCUCACCACUAGGCCUCAAAUACAGGAGCGAGUUUCCUAUCCUGCGCCUCCCGUCAAGGUUCAGAACCUUGCACCACAAACCAUGCAGCAUCUCAGAUCACCCGUUAGGAAAAACACAAAAAUCGGUCUACAUCCCAAUUCGGUUGUGACGGAUCACGGCACUGUUGAACUAGGCCGGGUACAAUCCAUCUGUAAAGCCCUUCCUGCUCCAAAACCCUCUCAUGUCCGUCAGUAUCCUGAAGGAGCCACUACAGGUGAAAGAAGUUUCAGUACCGUACACCCAGGAAGAAGUCUGCCGCAGAUGGUCAGCAUGAGGGUUCAAGGGGACACACGGCACCAUUCGACAAAGACAAUGCACAAUUGCAGCCAGUGUGGAAAAGGCUUCUCUCAUCUGUGCCACCUCAGAGCUCACCAGCAGAUUCACACAGGUGAGAGGCAGUUCUGCUGUACCAUCUGUGGACGGAGUUUCACCAAACUGAGUAACCUGAAAGCACACCGCAGGGUUCACACCGGCGAGAGACCUUACAUCUGCACAGACUGCGGGAAAAGGUUUACCCAGAAAUGCAACUUGAAGAGACAUCAGAGAAUUCACUCUGAGUUCACUCACUCUAAUGUAUGACGAGUGAUAGUGGUAGAAUCUGGUACUUUACACGGUAACAUAUUAAUUGAUGUUUUUUUGACUGGUUAAAUUAUUUUUAAUAUCAUGCAUUGUACUAAAAGUACUAAACCUCAUUUUUCGAACCUUAUGCUCAGAAAAUUUUCUUCUGUAGUGAUGUGACUGGAUCACUCAGGGGAAAUAGCAAUUUUAUCACGAUAAAUAGAAAAAUGUUAAAACAGAGCACUUUUCCAGUCUCUCUGGAUAUAACAGGCUAUUUCUCACAAAUAAAUGUCCACAUUUUACCCUAAAAUCAAAA